CGAUGAGAACAUCCUGUCUCCGUUAGAGCCGCUACUGAAGGACAGGGGAUAUUCAAGAAAAAAAAAUUGUGGAGACAAUCAACAUGAAUUCUUUCACAAUAUUGCAUUUCUUAAAUCUUUCCUGUCAAAGAAGAUUUCGAGCCUAACUGCAACAUGAUUUAUGGAAAUGAAUUCAUAUUAUUCGGUCUGUGGGUAAUAAGUGGCAAGUUAUCCUCUGAGGAAAAAAAAAGAGUUUAUGUUCUUGGAUAUAAAUAUAUUUUGGCCUUUCUCAAAGUCAUUUUAACCUUCACCUUGCGGCUCUGAAUCGGGCCUAAAAAACAUAUGUAUGCCCACGAACACACUCCUUUGUCUUAUUCUGAGAGAGCUCCUUCGUUAAUUUAUGCAUAGAAGCUAUAAUUUAUGAGAAAACGUCAUGAGUUUCCACGGCGAUGCCAGGACCCCCCGCAUCCUCGAGGUUGAAGCACGCCCGCUCAUUACGCUCUCGUUUGUGUCCAGCCAUAUUGGUAAGUUAGCGACAAGAUUUGCAAAACCCGGCAGAUUUUAGUCGGAUUGCGGCUCUAAUCACGAUGACGACAGAAGAUAAAGUAGAGAAAGCAAAGCUCGCUGAGCAAAUGGAGAGGUACGACGACAUGGCAAAGUUAAUGAAGGAGGCAACAGAGAGCAAAAAAGGUGACAAAGUAGAUCUUACAAGUGAAGAAAGAAAUCUACUUUCUGUAGCUUACAAGAAUGUGGUCGGAGCGAGACGCGCUUCUUGGAGGGUUGUGUCAGCUUUGGAGCAGAAACAUGAAGGAACUGAAGACAAAAAGCUGGCUAUUGAAGAGUAUAGGAAGAAAAUCGAGAAGGAAUUAAUAGAUAUCUGCGAUGUUGUCCUGGUGAGUCCACCACCCUUCCUUGGUGUCUGAACGUACUCGUCCUUCACGGAAGUUAUUGUAAUUCCUCAGUGCUAAUUUUUAUGGCUCAAAGUGAUUUAUUUUUUGUACUUGAGUUUCAGUUUCAACCAAAAUUUCUCUCAACAGACUCUUUUGGAACAGUUUCUGAUAAAAAAAUCAGAUGAUCCUGACACAGACCAGAGUAAUGGAGCAGAAGGCCAGAUUUUCUAUCUGAAGAUGAAAGGAGAUUACUUAAGGUACAAAGCAGAAGUGGCAUCGAGUCCAAGCAAGGAUGGUUAGUAUUUCUCUAUAAAUUUUCGUUAUACCCUGAUCAAUCUUACUUUCAAACUUAAUUGCUCUAAGCAUGGACGUUUUUAACUCGUCACCUCCGAUGUUCAAGUUCGCAAAUCCAAUUCGAUGUAAGGUCGGCUCUCUACUACGGUUACGGAUUUACAGAAACCAUCUAUCUGUAACGAUUCAGAACUCUUUAAACUAAGGCUUAAAUCGAUUAUUCUUGUUUUCCUGGAAGAGUUGUAUCCUUGUCGGGAGAUCCAUGCAAUAGGAAUCAAUUAGUGAUAUCAAUCAUCAAUCGAUAAAAUUCAAUAGUAGUUCACUUAUCCUUACUGGCUGGUCAUCUUACCAAUGAAAUUUGAUGAUCAAUGAAAGAAAUACCUUGACUUUACUUGGUUGUUUUUGUUCUAUAUUGAUAAUCUUUGGUGGGUUAUGCAUCAGUCAAAAUCAAGUAUAUUUGCUAGACAAGUGAUGAUCUUGGAUUAGUAAAGUGCACUAUAGAUAGUCUAGUAAGGGGCAUUUUCUUGGCAGGAAUUCCAGGGUAUAAUUAAACCUGGGAGCAUCAAACGAUGGCUUGGCUUACAGUUCUGAUUUGUAGUAACUCAUGUUAUUUGAUUAAAUGGGUGCAAUUUAUCAAAAUAUCUUUCUAAGGCAUCCAGAGGGAGGUGAAUCAUCUCCAAGGACUUCACUUAGCCAGUGUGAUUCAAAGCUCUUGCAUGAAACUAAGGUAGAUAGAUACCUGCAUGAGAGCAAGGCUGUUUCAGUAAGUCUAAGAUGCUGUCAAAAAAGAAAAUACAAGACUGGAAAAUUAUAUGAAUAGUAUGUUUUCUCCUACAUUAAACACAAUUAAGAAAUUUACCCAAGUGAGUAGGCAUUUGAUAUGGUACAAAAUGCAAAUUAAGUUAAUACUGAUUUUGUUUUUAAUUCUGAAAAUGGCUGAAAUUAGUUGAUGGCUGCCAUUAAAAUCACAAAACCAAGAAACUGUCCUCUGGGAUGAAUAAAACCUUUAUUUUUUUUCAAAAACUGGAAUUAAAAAAGGCAAAUGUUGCUGUACAAAAUAUUUUUUACUGCACAAGAAAUGGUUACACUCUGAACAAAAUAAAAAAUAAAAACAUGCUUUUGAAGAAAAAAAACAUGAAAUAUGCCACUGUUAGGGAUGGAUCCAAAGAUAUCUUUGUCAAGAGGAAAAGAGCUAUCCAUUUUACCUAGUGUGCAGACCUUGCUUUUCUUUAACAGGGGUUAGAUGGCAAUUUAAGAGGACUCGACAUCUUAGCCUGUAUAAUUGAAAAGGGAUCAUAGGUAGUCAGGAUGGCAGCGGCAAGGAAGACAUAAAUUGAAAAAUGAAUUUUAGUGAGAACUUGCAAAUGGCUGGAUGUGCUCACCCCUCUUUUCCAUUUGGAAACUAAAAAAAUUUACAGUCAGGGUUUAUGCUCUCAGACCAUGCAAGUUUUGAUGAGUAUAUGUUGUUGAAUUGUAGAGGACCAUCAAGAAUUCUGCAAAGUUUUAGAAUGCAUGUGCUUAGCUAUUGUUCUGUCUAUUAGGUCUUCUGUUUUUCCAGGUGUUCGUGUUGCCGCCAUGGUUUGCUUAAGGUCUUUUUUUUGAGCUUGGAGUAACUGGUGGUAAAUUGGUGGCACAAACUCACAGAAAUGUGUUGUGAAAUACCAACUGUUAAUGCAGCUAUCAUUGCUUUUCCUGCCAAAAUGACAUUCAUGCUUACUUUUCUCAGAUAAACUAAUGUGAUAAAGGAUGUCUCGUGCAAUAUAACUUUUAAACUAUACACUUUAGGCGUUAAAAAUGCCACAGCUUUCUAUGUGACUACUGAACAUUUGCACCUUUUCUUGUAAAUUUAAUCACAAAAAUUUAUUUCUACUUAUCUUGGUGAGCAAAACAAUUACAGCUUGGAAAGCUGAACAUCCUUUACCGGAAUGUUGAAGAGGUUUGCAACCUAAUUGGGGGGGAUUUGAAAGGGCCCUUCCCUUUUCAAGGGUCUUGGUGCACCGAUGUACCUAGUUUUUAAAACAAAUACGAGUAAUGUUUUUAAUGUUUUCCAUUUGUAUUAUAAUUAACAAUUUUGUUAUUUUUAUUUUUAGAAAUAAUUGAACAGUCUGAAUUAUCAUACAAGAAAGCACUGGACUUAAGUAAUAAAGAGCUAGCUCCAACUCAUCCUAUCAGGCUUGGAUUGGCACUUAAUUUCUCUGUCUUCUAUUAUGAAAUAAAGAACGCGCCAGACCAAGCAUGUAAAUUGGCAAAAAAGGUUGGUGUAGAAGCAGAACUACAGAGUUCAAUCGUACCAAUAAAUAUGUAAAUAUAAUUUUCAUAUAUUCACAGUUAUUUAUUCAUCACUUUACAAGUUUCUUACAAACCAAUAUAAUGACCAGCUCCUAGUUGACUUGUUAGCUCAGUUGGUAGGGUACUGCACUGGUAUUACAGGGGUCAUGGGUACAAAUCCCAUACAGGCUUGGGCUUUAUUUUCACCACUGCUUAAGUAGAGUCCAUUACUGCAAAGCUUCCUUUUGUAUUCAUUAAUUAAUCCACAGUUCAUACAUAUGAUUUCCAUAUAUCCAUGGUCAGUACUGAUAAACUACUUACAACAACCUGAUCACAGGACUUUACUUACUAUUAACUACUCAUAAUACAGAAAUCACAAAAUGAUGCUAAUAAUAUUUUUUAGUAUAUACUAGAACAGUGGAUUUUGCUGAAGGUACACCCCAGCCAGACAGGGUUCAAAUUCCCCACCCCCUGGGCACAUAAAAGGAUCAAAUGCCUGUAGGUUGAAGGGGGGGAGGGGUGUUGAACCUUAAAAUUGAUUGGUGUGUAAUGUCUGUGGCAUUGGGAGUGUCAAAAAAUUAACUGUUUGGCAGAAGCAAAACUUUAGGGGAAAGUGUGAAAGACAAUUUUUGACAGGGGUCUUUGAAGGAUAAAUUUCUCUGUGUAAAAUGCAAACUCGCUAGAACUAAAUAAAUAAAUACUAGGCUCCUUUAAUUAAAGAAUGUUUUUGUACAUAAGCAAAAGCUUAGAUUUCUUGCCCAUCAAGUGGUGUGAAAGCAUCUUUGUUAAGAGACCUUUUAAGUGAUUUAAACAAUAGCCAAGCAGCUGAAUGUUACUUGGCUUGGAAUCUCCAUUCCACAAAGCUGUUUAUAGUUCACUGAUGGGCAGUCACUUCAGCAGCAAUCAAUCCACCAAGAGUAAGAAACUCGCUUCUUGUGUCCAGUGCCCUGCUACAUACCACUCAGUGAAUGUAUUAGAGUUUUCCUCUGAAGCAACAAAUGUAGAGCAACUCUCUAAAGACUCCACUUGUGAUGUCCUGAUUUCCUUCCAAAAAUUCUCUCUCCAAAAUUUGAGUUUCCAAACUCAAGGUUUGGCUUAUCUGCCAGUGGCACUCAUCUGUCAGUGUUUGCAGUAAUAAUAAUAAAGGGUGUUCUCAGAAACAAAAAACUAAGUUAGCUUCUUUCAGAAGUGUAAACCAUGGAAUGUACCUCUCUUAACAUCAUCAUGAUUUGGUUUAUUUGUUUAUUUUAGGCAUUUGAUGAUUCAAUUUCUGAGCUUGAUACACUAAAAGAGGAUUCCUACAAAGACAGCACUCUUAUAAUGCAACUAUUGCGUGACAACUUAACCGUAAGUGUUCAUUUGGUGAACCCUUUACACCCUAAAGUAAGUUUGCAUAUUCUCCUUACUGUUCUCUAUACAUUUCCUCUAUGGAUACAAUAGGAAAUUAAUAGAGAACAGUGUGGAGAAUAUCCAUACUGAUGUUAAGGUGUAAAGUGUUGAACAGAGGGUGCACUCUCUCUCCGGUGCCUCUGAGGUUUUAAGUCUGGGGUGGAAUAAGGUUGGGUUUUUAGUGUGGAAAAAGAUAAAAACCAUUUGUUAUAGUGUACUGGAAUGAAGAAAAUAAUUUGAAGAAACGAUUAUCGUUAUCUUUUUUCUUUUUUUACAUUCGUUAAACUGCAAUUUAAAUUUGGGUCCUGUAAAAUGUAGUAAAAAACCAAGAAAAGUGAAUAGGUUGUUGUGGAUUGCAAAUCUUGUGAAUUGAAACCCAACUCAAAACAGGUUUAGUAUCAUUAUGCAGGUGGUUAAAGAAAUUCUCAUGCUCUGAUUGGUCCAGGAUUAUGUCAUAUUUUGCAUGAUCACCUUGCGAGAGGUGACUAGGAGGAGCACUGAAUUUCGAAAUGGCUGCCUUGCAUUUUAUCAGUGUUACAGAGAAAGUAAUAAACACAAUAGUAGAAAAUUCAGUUCCAAAGAAUACCAAAGAUUGGUGCAACAUACUUUUCAAAAGUUAGAUGUGAAUUUUUGUUCAUACGGUAAAUUCCAUAAACUUGCUUAAUUCUUUUUUUUUUUUUUCUAAAUUAAAAGUAGCGGCUCAUUUCAAUACAAGCAAAGAAACAAUGUGUUUGGAGCAGAAUGGUUUUUGAAAGCAACAAAUUUACAACAGUUUGCAACCUGUUACAUUCUGGCCUUCAUUUUAUUUCUUACAGCUGUGGACUUCAACCUCUGGGGAUGAUGAAGAUGAAGAUGAAAAGCAGUGAAGCUGUUGCAUCAGUGCACAGCCAGUUUCCUCACUUUGAAACUGUGUCCCUUUCAUAUUAAUCUGAAUGUCCAUUUGUGUGUUACAGGUGCUGCUUAUCCUUAUUUUUUGUGCCUAAAACAAAUCCAAAUCAUUGA